AGCUCCACUUGCCAGUCACAAAGGAAGGAGGAAACCAGAGACCUCUCUGAUGUCAUAUUGGCCAGCCACUGAUUGGACGGAAGCUCAGGACUUGGUUUAUGAUGUCACGAGUGGUGUGGCACGUCGCUGUAGAUGUAUGUGUCUGGUGGAAGAUGAGGCUGCUCUCCCGCCUCCUCCUCCUCCACACCUUGGUCUGGCCCUGGCACAGCACGGAAGGCAGCUGUGAUGCAGUUUGUGGGCACCGCCCCCUGGUGUCUGGCUAUGGGGGGAUGCGGAUCGUGGGUGGCGUCGAUGCUCUGCCAGGGGCCUGGCCCUGGCUCGUCAGCAUCCAGAUCCCCACUCGAACAGGCCCCCGGCAUUCGUGUGGCGGGUCCCUCAUCAGCGCCCGCUGGGUCCUCACAGCAGCUCACUGCUUCAAAGCCAAGAGAAGGCUGCUCCCGCAGUGGCGUGUUGUGAUUGGUGCAUCUCAGCUCUCCCAACUUGGCCCCGAGGCCCAGGUGCGCUCCAUCAAGCAGGUGGUGCAGCACGAGCGCUACGAGCCGCGCAUGGAGAGGAACGACAUCGCUCUGCUGGAGCUCAGCCAGCCAAUUGUGUGCAAUGACUAUGCACAGCUUGCCUGCCUGCCCGAUGCCAGGACAGAGGUGUCAAAACUCGUCCACUGCUACAUCAGCGGCUGGGGUGUCACACAGGAGACAUCUCUGGAAACAGCUGACAUCCUGCAGGAAGCCAAGGUGCAUCUUAUUGACACCACAACCUGCAACAGCAGCCGCUGGUACAACGGGGCCAUCGCCAGCAACAACCUGUGUGCAGGGUACGAGCAAGGAGGCAUCGACAGCUGCCAGGUACUCAGCCCGGAGCCCUCUCAUAGCCCAGCCCCCACCUGGCACUGACCCCAAACUCCCCGGCAUACUCUGGCAUCACCAACCUCUGCCCAGGUGCCGACAGCUGCCAGGUACUCAGCCCGGAGCCCUCUCACUGCCCAGCCCCCUUCCUGGCACUAACCCCAAACUCCCCGGCAUACUCUGGCAUCACCAACCUCUGCCCAGGUGCCGACAGCUGCCAGGUAUACCGGUUGGAGCCUUCUCAGUGCACAGCCCUCGCCCCCAGCACUAGCCCCAACUUCACAGGUAUCACCAGCCUGCCUGACACUGACAGCUGCCAAUACACAGGCCGGAGCCCCUCUGUGCAAUCCCAGCCCCACUCACUGUCUGUGCUGUGGCUUCACCACCCCUCCAAUCUGGGAUCUCUACUUAGACUCUCACCUCUCUCUGCUCUGGUGGGAUCCUCAGUGGUACCCUGCUCCCACUUCCUCCAAUAUCCCUAUCUGGUGUUCUGCCUCUCCUUCCUUUUUCCACCCAGAUCCUUCCCCACUUCCUCCAACCAGAACAGUUUCAUCUUGGCUCUGGUCUCCUUAAGUCCCACAAGUAGCUGUUUCUGACAUGUGAGAACCUGUCACCUCUAACUGGGUACCUGCAUCAUUCCUCCUCACCCAUCCUCAGGCUCCUCCACUGGUGCCCAGUCCCUUGCAAACUGCUACACCUCAUUUUAAAA